AUGAGAUUUGGGGUUAGAGGGUUUCUCAUUGAUGCACAUAGAUACAGAUCGGAUAGCCUUCAUAACGUGAACGGAUGGUACUUCUUCACCUAUUUGACGAACAAAUACCCCAAAGGCAGCCGUCCCUCUCGAUCAUGUGGAGAUGGUGGAUUUUGGAAACCCACCGGCAAAGACAAGAAGAUUUAUUACAAUGGCAAUACCGUCGGAUACAGGAAGUCACUAGAUUUCUUACUUGGGCCUGGUGAAAAAACGGCUUGGAAGAUGCAUGAAUAUAGAAUUCAUGCAAAUAACCCCAAGUCGGAUCCAGUUUUAUGUAGAUUGUAUAUGAACAUAAGACGCAAAAACAAAGAUGAAAGUGAAGGUGACACAGUAGAAUUGAUGAGGGAAAAUCUUGACCAGUGUUUUACAGUGAAUGAAGCUCCCAUGCAGAAUGAGGACAAUGAUUUGGCGGUUGGCAAUAUUUCCUCUGCUGGUUCUACAAACAAUCAAUGUAUGGAGUAUAUUACCAGCACUCUAGACACAGGAGGUGAUGCCAUUUCAAACCAGGUUAUCUAUGAUCUUUCUAGUUUCCAAUUUCCUGAUCAUCCAUUUCAAGAUUUCCAAGGAUACACUAAUUCUCAUGGUGGGCUCGAAGCAAUUACUCAAGAGUUCACUGAACCGUUCCAUUUAUCAAGGGGUACCAUGAUCCCCUCUGAUUUGAAUAUGGAGGAUGUUUCGAAGUAUGCUAUUGGUGGUACUGAUUUGUCCGACUUAGCAUGGCAAAUUAUGUCAAUAUGA